CUUUUAUUAGAUUAGAUUAGAUUAGACAAGAAGCCACAAGAAUGGAAGGAAUACACGAGGAUGGCGCUGUCUGAGGCAACCGUGAACAGGACCACCAACCGCCGGCCGCCGCCACAGGAUGACUUCGAGAUCAUUUGGGCAGACCGCCAUAUAUGGCUUCAAAAUCGAACUCAUCAUGCUCACUGUGAUGUCUUUCAACACAGGAAGGAAUUUCAACAACCAAAUUCGAUCAAGAGAGGAAGAAAUUGCAAUAACCAAAUUCAAUGGUGGAAGCAAUUGUAGGAAGCCGGAGGAGAAAUGGCACCCCAUAUGGCUUUCUAAUCUUUUACUUCGAUUGAAGAAAGCAAUUGCAGGGCAGCAAGAUAGAUACUCCAAAAUGUUUGGUUCGUGCAAUUCCACUUCUAAAUGGCACGGAGAGAGGGCGUUAAGCCAAACGACAUGCGUUGAAGCCAAAAGACAUGCGUUGAAGUUGGGGAACGGAGAGAUGCUCCAAAAUGUUUUAAUCUGUAUAUUCAAGGGCAUUUUUGUAGUUUAACAAAAUAUACCAUUUAAAAUUACCUUUUUAUCAAACACUCCAACUUUAAAUUUUUUCAUCGUAAUCACUUCUUUUUUCAAACACUCUUAACUUAUACUUUUAAUCACUUUCUCUAAAAUCAUUUAAAAGUUUUUUUAAAUUGAAGUAAUUACAAACACUCCCUUAGUUUUGUACAACAUCUUUCUAACCUAAUAAACCUAAUAAAUUGUCCAGUUCAAAGACAACAUUACCCCAAUGCCCCCCAAAAGUUUUAUUUGAUGGUCUGAUAAAUACCUUAAAGGCUUAAAACUGAUUUCAUUGCGCAUAUGUAAAUUCAACUUUCAAGAAGUUUUAAACGACUACCGUCUUCAACAAAUUAUUCUCCGAUUCGCCCUAGUUGUUUAAUUACGAAGUCAUGUUUCUUGGUUUGCCGGUGCGGUUAAGCUUUUGUAAGCCAACGAUAUAGCUUCGUGCGUUGUACCAUCUGCGGUUUGGAUGAUGGCUACGAGAAGGAUGGAUAGAUUCAGUGAACUUCCUUCGGAAAUACUUGACAACAUAUUGAGAUUAUUGGCCAUCCAAGAAGCUGCUAGAAUGGCCAUUUUAUCUAAACUCUGGAGAGAGAUGUGGCUCAAUCUUAGGGAUCUCAAUUUUGAUUGGAACUUCUUCCAGUACAUUAAGAAGAAAUACUCAUCUGCUCACAGUGCUCUCAGGACCAAAAAAACAAAAACGGAAACGAUAAGUAGUGAUACCCUGACCUCUGCUGGCAUGUAUGUAGUCAACAAAGUUCUCACAGAGCAUAAAGGCCAUAUUCGCAAAUUUAAAUUUUCUUUUUUUCAUCACGGGAGGACUUCACUGACAUCACGCUCAUUUGACAUUGAUCAAUGGCUCCUUUUGAUCACACGAAAAGGAGUUGAAGUAAUGGACAUUUGUUUUGACCGAGAAGGAAAGGAUGAAUACUCACUGCCAAAAUGCAUAUUUUCUUGUCCAACGCUCAAGACAUUGCGUCUCCAUGGAGUCUCUGUUGAACCAUUAGAAAUGCCUUGCAUAUUGCCAAAUGCCACUUCACUUUCUUUUGAAAAUGUUGAAUUUGAGCCUAACGAUGCGCUAGAAUAUAGAGUUAAUGUUCCUAUGCUCGAGAGUUUGUUGUUUAUCGAUUGUGCUAACAUGUUCCGUUUUAACAUUACUGCACCAAAACUCUGUAAGUUACAUAUUCACUCUUCAGAUGACCAAUGCCGUAGUUUUCUCCCACUUCGCUUGGAUAUGGCAUCUGUUAGUACUCUUAUUUUAGAUGUCCUUUCUCUAAAGAAAUUUGUUGAAGACUUCCGAAGCAGUGGUCCACAACUUCAACCACAUGAACUAAAUGUGGAGUGCCUCUGUUUAUCAAAUGAUUCAAAUGAAGAUGGUGUUUUUUCUGCCUUCAUUCAUUUGUUGAAAUUAUGUCCAAAGUUGCGCGAACUUAAAAUGGAUUUGGCGUUUGUCAAAGCUCUGAGAAAUUGUUUAGGCACAAAGUCAGAGAAUUCGAAGGAACUUUAUCGCGUGGCUAAAGCACACAACUUGCUUCACACUAUGAGUAUUGACUUCGUUAAUGCAUGUGAGAAUUAUCCGGCUUUGAUCAUGGGGCUACUUUCUUCCUUUCCAACACUUGUGAAGUUUAUCAUAUACGAUCUCGACUCUGAAUUUAAUACAAAGAUUUUGGAAUUUCCCAAAAAUGUUGAAAUGAAGGUUGUGAAUUUUGGUAUUGAAUGAUUUUUGGAUUGUGUGUUUGGCAGUAUAGGCGUUGCGUUUGGCAUUUGGUAUCAUUUCAAUUCAAUCAAUAAUUUCAUUUCUGAAUAGCUUAGCCAAUUAUGGGUAGGCAGUAGUUUCGCCACAAACUCUAUCAAGUUACCAGUAUAAUAUCAGUAUUGUUUCGUUGUUAAUAUAUCAGUAUAAUAUCAGUAUUGUUUCGUUGUUAAUGUUACUUUGGUUAAUAACUACUACGCAUGAUAUUAGUGG